AAAACAAGCCUAAAUUAAACGUGCCGAGUGAACAGCGUCUUGAUUUUUAACGAUGAUUCUAGCUUUGCGGGGCUUUAUAAUAUUAGUUAGCAGAGAAGCUAAUAUUAGUUUGUUUGGCUAACGUUUGGUUAACCCGGUUGAACGGCCAUUUAUCCCGUGUAACAACUAAAUAACUAAUGGUGCUAAACAACUAACGAUAGCAAAACGUUUUAUUUGAUUUGCUUAAAGUGAGUCGUUUUAAUUAGGUGGUCAUUUGUUGAGUUAGCCGUUAGCAUUGGACUUCAGUGUGCGUUUGUAUCCGUGGUAUGAUGCGUCUGGAUGUUUGAUGGGUGUUUUAAGGAUCAUUAUGUCGCCCAAGAUCCAGCUUUUGGCAGUUUUGGCUUUUGGAGUGGCGAUGCUGUUUAUAGAGAACCAGAUCCAGAAAUUGGACGAGUCAAGAGCCAGACUGGAACGUACCAUUGCCAGACACGAAGUGGCUGAAGUAGAGCAGCGCCACAGUGAAGAUGUCAGCCGGGAGCUAUCACCACUGGCGGAAAAAGAUGACAUGAUCAUCAUCUACAACAGAGUGCCCAAAACUGCCAGCACCUCCUUCACUAACAUCGCCUACGACCUGUGUGGGAAGAAUCACUUCCAUGUCUUGCACAUCAACACAACCAAAAACAACCCUGUCAUGUCUUUACAAGACCAAGUGCGCUUUGUCAGGAACGUCACCUCGUGGAGCGAGAUGAAGCCUGGCUUCUAUCACGGCCAUGUAGCUUAUCUGGACUUCUCAAAAUAUGGUGUGAAGGGUAAGCCAAUGUACAUAAAUGUGGUGCGAGACCCCAUAGAGCGUCUGGUGUCAUACUACUACUUCUUACGUUUUGGAGAUGACUACAGGCCGGGCCUUCGACGAAGGAAACAAGGGGACAAAAAGACCUUUGAUGAGUGUGUGUUAUCAGGGGGAUCAGACUGUGCUCCUGAGAAACUCUGGCUGCAGAUCCCCUUCUUUUGUGGCCACCACUCAGAGUGCUGGAAUGGAGGCAGCAGAUGGGCCCUGGAACAAGCCAAGUACAACCUGGUGAACGAGUAUCUGUUAGUCGGUGUAACCGAGGAGCUGGAGGACUUUAUCAUGAUCCUGGAGGCAGCGCUCCCACGCUUCUUCAAGGGAGCCACAGAGCUCUAUAGGACAGGAAAGAAGUCCCACCUGCGAAAGACCACAGAGAAGAAGCCCCCCACCAAAGAGACAAUAGCCAAGCUGCAGCAGUCCAACAUCUGGAAAAUUGAAAAUGAUUUUUACGAGUUUGCACUUGAACAGUUCCAGUUUGUGCGUGCCCACACUGUGAGGGAAAAGGAUGGAGAGCUGUAUGUCCUGGCUCAGAGCUUCUUCUAUGAAAAGAUCUACCCCAAGGUGAACUGAAGGGGGCUGCACAGAGACUCUGUUAGAAGUCAUAUACACUGGGGGACAAAGAGUGGUUUUUCUUUUCUCUACUGACAGAUUGCAAAGGGAAAUAACUCAUCUGGUGUAUUUGUUUUUAUUUUUUGCACAGGUUUUAAGUGCACCAGUACAGGUUUACAAAUGACAGAAGAUGAAACUGUUACAAAACAAAAAUCAGCGCUGCAUUUGUAAAUACUAUAUUGACAGCAGUAAAUGUGUUUUUGGACCAAAUGGUAGUAACAGAAAAUACAUCGGCCCAUUGCAUCCUUUGGUGCGUGACUAGUACUUUUUUUUUAUUCCCACUGCAGUAUUAUUAAUUUUUUGCCAUUUAACACAUUGUUUCAGUAUUUUGUCACAGACAUGAUGAUGUGCGUUCCUGAUAAAAGUCCCAGCUGGUGCUGAUGUAACUGAUAGCUGGAGCAGGGGAAAGGUACUAAUCAGAAAUGACUGAGGAUGUUUGAGUACAGGGCUCACCGGGGCUUUGACUGGUCACAGGGUUAUCUCCAGCAGGAGAGAGUCGAUAGUGCCUUUAUUACAAUGAGGAGGACAUUGGGUUUUCAUUUUCCAUUGAUCCCACAGUCAUGUUUUGUGUGUAUGUGUGUUCUUAUGAACUACACUUUGUGUUUCUGUUCUCUUUAACACCACAUGAACAGCCUAAACAUGAGCACAUAACUUCAAAUGCCUUGACUUUUUGUCAUUACUGUGUUCUCUGCUUAGCGUUGUUGAUCAUUUCAGAUGCGUUUGCAUCAUGCUUUGCUUAUCACUGUGAGCCACUUCUAAUGGCACUUUUGUUGAAUCUUGAAUUAGCUUUGUUUUGUUUUUUUUCAAAGGGUAUUCCACUAAUUUUAGCAUUUCACUUCCAUGAAGCUAAACG